GUGGGCUAGGCAGGCGGGGGGGGAGUAGCGAAGGGAGAGGGGGAAUCUGGUAGAUCGCUGCUUCUGUUUCCCUUCUGUAUUAGCUCUUCAGGGGGUCGGAUAAUGAAGGCAUUGAGCGGAGGCUACGAGGACUGCGUAGGUUGAACCCGGUGCCUUGGGCUUCAGACAGAAGUUUUGCCAAAGACCGCUUGUCCAGGAAGCCCAAGGGAUGUGGAGGCUAGUGCCUCGGAGCUGAGAGAAGGCGUUGCAUUCCUAUUGCUUGUCCUCCCCUAAAGCCAUCUUCUAGAGAGGUUGCCCCCCCGCGCCCCCAUGGACUGCCUAACUGGUUAGGAUCCCUGGGGAGUUGGUCACAGAUUUCUCUGGGUGCCCAAAGAACUUUAAAGAGGGACCUCUGCUCCCCGCAGCAGACCUUGAGCUCUUGGCUCUGCUUUCUUAUUUAUGAGGAAGCUGCACCUGAGGCAGGUCUCUUGAGUGUAGGUUUAGCUAUGCAGCAGUAUAUUCCACUUCCCCUUAUUUCUACCAAAGCAGAAACAGUCUGGUUAAAAUAGGAAGAGAGGAGGAAGAAAAAAGAGGAGAGAGGGAGAGAGAGAAAGGGUGUGUGGGAAAAUAAGGGAGAGAGAGAGGGAAGGAGAGGCCCUUUGCUGGCGGUACCAUGAGUGGUGGGAGGUUUGAUUUUGAUGAUGGCGGCGCCUACUGUGGAGGUUGGGAAGGAGGCAAAGCCCACGGGCAUGGCAUCUGCACCGGUCCCAAGGGGCAGGGUGAAUACUCCGGGUCCUGGAACUAUGGUUUUGAGGUGGUGGGCGUCUAUACCUGGCCCAGUGGCAACACAUAUGAAGGCUACUGGUCUCAAGGCAAGCGGCAUGGCUUAGGGAUUGAGACCAAAGGACGGUGGCUUUAUAAAGGCGAGUGGACUCAUGGCUUUAAGGGCAGGUAUGGAGUAAGACAGAACGUCAGCAGCGGAGCCAAAUACGAAGGCACCUGGAAUAACGGAUUGCAAGAUGGUUAUGGUACCGAGACUUAUGCGGAUGGAGGUACUUAUCAAGGCCAGUUCACCAAUGGCAUGCGCCAUGGUUAUGGUGUUCGGCAAAGUGUUCCUUAUGGCAUAGCAGCUGUAGUCCGUAACCCUCUAAGGACCUCACUUACCUCCCUCCGUAGUGAACACAGCAAUGGCACCCUUCUGCAACACGAUUCCCCAUCAGCCAAUCAAGAGAACAUCCCUAUGUUGCCAACAAUCACACGAGGUGGGUUUGCCCUGAGUUUGUAUGCAGACGCUGAGGCUGGCAAGCUGAAGAAAGGAGGGCUCUUCCGACGGAGCUCCUUGUUUGGGAAGCUGAAAAAAUCUGAUUCUAAGACUUCUUUGGCUAGCCAAAGGAGUCGACUGAGUUUCCUCAAAAGUGAGAGUGGUAUGAGCUCCACCGGUAGUGAUGCCACUUCUACAGCCAGUCUGGGAGAAGGAGCAGAGGGAGAGGACUUCCCACCUUUUGAUGCUGAUAUUGAUGCCACCACGACAGAGUCCUACAUGGGUGAGUGGAAGAAUGACAAGCGUUCAGGGUUUGGUGUGAGUGAGCGAUCAAGUGGCCUGAAGUACGAGGGCGAAUGGCUGGAUAAUGUACGUCACGGAUAUGGAUGCACCACAUUGCCUGAUGGUAAGAAGGAAGAAGGGAAAUACCGAAUGAACGUCCUGAUCAAAGGCAUGAAGAAACGGGUGAUACCUCUGAAAAGUGCUAAGAUAAGGCAGAAAGUGGACCGGAGUGUGGAAGGAGCUCAAAGGGCAGCAGCCAUUGCCAGACAGAAGUCUGAGAUUGCGGCUUCUCGGACUGCUCAUGCCAAAGCCAAGGCAGAAAGCGCAGAGCAAGCUGCAGUGGCAGCUAACAACGAAUCCGCUUUAGCCAGGUCGAUGGCCAGGGAACUGUCUCCAGACUUCUAUCAGCCAGGCCCUGAAUACUUGAAAAGGAGGCUGCUCCAGGAACUUAUGGAGAAUGAAGAAAAUAUGGAAGAAGGGGCUCUACCUGUGGAACAGCCACCUCCACCAACAACUCCAGAAAGUCCUGUGGUUGAUGAAGAUGAUUCUACCAAACCUAAGGAAAGUCCAGUUCGAACUCCUUCACCAUCUGGAACACCAUCAGAGGCCAAGCGUGCUAAGCAGAGCCCUCAGAAAGAUGGCUUUCUUAGCCCUGGAAAUUGGAAUGGAGAUCACAGCAAGGAUGGGAGUACCACAGGAAGUAGGCCAAACACACCUUCUAAGGUUCUUGCGGCACCAGCAGAGAAGUCAACAAGUAGCAGGCCCACUUCCCAGAGCCCCAGCCGACAUAUUCAAGUGAGGGCUGCUGCUGACCAGAUGGAGAUCAAACCCCUUCAAAGGAUAGAACAAGAAGGUGAUGUUGCGUUGUUUCAAGGUUAUCACAGUUAUGCUGUGAGGACCUCUCCAAUUACUCCCCCAAUGGACUAUGAGGAAGAAUCAUUCCCCGAAUCCAAAUUGCCUGCUAAGCCAGUUUCUCCAGAGCCAAAAGCUGAUGUGAAGGCUAUUGAACACAAAGUGGAGCCAGAAAAGAGGGGAGGGACACCUGUCUCUCAUCAUCAUGAGCCAGUGCAUGAAGAGAAAAAAAUGCUCAAAGCAGAACCUAAACAGGAGCCUAAGCAACACCCUCAGCUGGAGCCCAAAGUAGAAGAGAAAGGAGAAAUGGCAGCUGAAGAAAAGGUGGAGCGGAAGAUUGAAACAAAGGUGGUGGCCAAAAUAGAGCCCAAGACUGCGUUGAAAAAAGCUCCUCCUGAAGAAGCAGCAGCAAAAGAAGUGGAAGAACCUGAAGAGGGACCUAACACUGUCAUCAUCUGCAUGGUCAUCUUAUUGAAUGUUGGCUUGUCCAUCUUAUUUGUGCAUUUUCUGACAUGAUGAGAUGCUAAGACAAGACUGAUGUAGACAACAAGUGUUAAACAGGCACGGUACAUAGUGUAUCUGUUCAAACUAUAUAAAAGGGAAGGCACUUAGAAGAACCCUAUGGCUGCAUUGGGGUCAUAAGCAUCAAUUGAGUGCUUCUCAUGAACCAUUUAUCUCCCAACCAUGGGUGAUCUAUUCUGCCCGGCUGGAUGAAGAAGCCUUGAAUUUUGUGACCUCCCUUCCUCAUUUUUUCCUUGUGUUGUUAACCAGAAUUGCCUUAACAUUUCAUACUCUUUGUGAACCACUAUGUUGCUGUUUGAAGAAAAGAAGAAUCCAUCUAUGGCUGGAGAAACGGAAACAGUCUCUUCUAUGAAAAUUCCAGGUUUCAGUAUAAGACUCAUUGUUAACAGUUCUCCCAAAGAACACCGCAAUGCUGAAUCGUGCAACAGCUGGGAAUAAUAGUUAUAGCUCUGGACAAUGUCCCCACUCCAACCAAGAUUCUUAUUAAUCCUAUGUUAGGAGCAGAUUACGCUGUUUCCCCUACUACAAUAUUAUCCUAAAUCAUUCUAAUAAAAGUCCAGACCUUAAAGCAGGGAAAAGAUCAUGUCUUCAAAUAACAGAUCCCAUUUUAGGGAAUAAGUUUUUUUUAAGAAAGAAAGAAAGAAAGAAAAGAAAGAAAGAAAGAAAGAAAGAAAGAAAGAAAGAAAGAAAGAAAGAAAGAAAACAUGUCAUCUUCUGGCAUGGAGUUCAGGAUAAAGGUGCUUAAAAGUCAUCUAAUUGUAAUCUGUCACCAGAGUUGAUCCCUUAUGAUAUUGUUAUCAUAAUUAGAAUUAACUUUUUUAAGAGUUUAGGAAACCUGCAAAUUAGGGGCUUAUUUUCUGAAUGCGAUCUGUUGCAUAUACUAGUUAAUCAAAUCCUUGCUUCUUUAACAAUUGAUUGGUGCGUUGGCAUACUUUUAUUGCUCAAAAUUGCUUGUGCCCCAACAUUUAGACCAGUAGUGAGAUCCAUUAUGCUUUUCUUUGGCUAUUUAGGUGUGAAUGUGACUUACCAUUGGCAGAAUUUUACAAAUGUAGUCUAUGCAUCAGCCUUAAAUGUUUUUGCAGAUCCCACACCUCACUGCUUUUUAAAAAAGUCAUGGACUUUUGAAUCCAUUUGAAAAGCUUUUUAAAAGUGCCUUAUUUAAAACUGUGAAUUUUUAUGUGUACUUAUACUCCUUAGUAUGGCAGCAGCUGAUUACAAAAAAAGAACAGAGAGAAAGAGACUGGAAAUUGGUAGGUUUAAAAAACAGAUCCUACUUAUACAUGUAUACUUAAUGUGAGAGACUUCUGAAUACAAUGCUACUGGCAUAAAGUAAGGAUAGUGCUUUAGGAUCAGAUUACUGUACUUACAAGUCAUGAAUUGCUGAAAAUGAAUUUAGAAAACAGGAGUGUUGCUAUUUUGUGCCUUUUCCCUCUGGUUUCAUACCAUAAUCAAAUUAUAAUGCUCUUUUCUAAGUGUGUUGUAAUAGAUAGACUAUCAUUUGCCUCUGAAAUAAGAUGGCUUCCCUGGCUUUCCAGCUGCCAGAUGUACAGUUCAGUAUGCCAGUCAUUUUAUUAACUAUGUAUGUUAUUUUUUUCCCUUUGAGACACCCAAAUGGCCUUUAUUUAUUAUGAAACACAAUAAUUUCUCCUUUUGGAAAAUGAUGGGAUUGCUCCUGCUCACUCCCAGUUCUCCUUCAUAAACAUUGUGGUACUUCUUUAAAAUAUAACAAGAAAACAGGUAGAUUUGCUUCAUAUCAGUGGUUCCUAGCCUUGGGUCCCUAGGUGUUCUCGGACUAAAACUCUCAGAAGCCUUCACCACUAGCUGUAAUGGCCAGGAUUUCUGGGAAUUGUAGUCCACCUGGGGACCCAAAGUCAGGAACCACUGGCCUAUAUAAAUAUAGAGUGGGAUCGAACAGGCGAUGUUAGCUUUGCUCGAAGGCUUAUAUGCAUCCAAUGCAUUUUAAGGAAAUAUUUUUCCUUUAAAUGGCUGAUAAUGCUGCCCAAGUUACAAACUCUUUAUGAAACAUGUCACCUUCAAAAGCAGCUUCCAUUUUGUAUGCAGUUGCCACAGUCUGGAUAAAUCCAGAACUUCAUUUUGUGUGCAGAACUGUUUUGACAGUUCUUUAGAUGUAUUGUAUGUAUACAUAUUUAUAUUCGUAUCUCUUUCUUAAAAAUGAGGGCAAUAUCCUUAGGGCUUGUGAACACAUUUUCUCAUUAUGUUAUGUAGUAACUGCUGUGUUUACAUUAGGUACCCAGAAGUCUACUUCCAAGAAAUAAUCUGGUAGACAUGUAGUGGCUCAAAUCCUGUUGCUUAGUGUAAUAAAUUGCACUAGAAUAGGCUCUUUGGGGAUUUGGUG